AUGAACUCAACAAAUCCAGCAACAGUUCUGGGUUUCGGUACGUGGAAGCAGAUUGUAGAUAAAUUCCUCUAUUGUGCGAACUCUUCAAAGGAAACAGGAGGUUCGAAGAAAAUUAAAGAAGCAAACUUACCCCCGCACACUCAUACAGGAACUACAAACUUUUCUGGCGACCAUAGCCACUCAUUACGAGACCAUCCAUUAUACAACUCAGAAUAUGAAGCUGGCUAUGAUGUUUUAUCUCCAGAUUAUAACCAUUCAGCAAAAAAGACUUUUCGACCAACUGAACCAGGAGGAAAUCAUGUCCAUACUUUCACAACAAAUCCAACAGGCUUGGGUAAAGAUUACAUGCCACCAUUUAUGACUGUAUUUGCAUGGUACCGUGUUUAUUGA